GUAACUUCCACGAGCAGCUCGCGCCUGUCGCUCUAUUUUGAUGCGCUGUCUGUCUGUAGGUGGUGAAGCCUCGAUGGGGACACUUUUGUUUUUAUGCUAAUAUUCUCUUUCACAAACCGCGGAGCUUUUGUCAACGCUCAGGUUUAUAUUGGGGGGGGAAUGAUGACAACAUGUAUCUGUGGCUGAGGAAGCUGCCGUGUUCCUGAAGAGCCUCUUGAGAUCGUCUAAUCCUCUGCCAUGAGUUGUUUGGAUGUUAUGUAUCAUCAGAGUUAUGGAGCUCAUCACUACUUGCCCACGACAUCAGCAGCAGCAGCGGCUUACAAAGCGGCAUAUUACCAGCAGCAGCAGCAGCAGCAGCAGCAGAAGAAGUUCAGUGUCUACAGCAGGAUGCAGGAUUCAGAGGAGUUUCCCUCGGACUGUGGCCAGAGGAAGCAGUCUGGAGCGCUGAAGCCCCGUCCUGAGCCCGGGCGUCCACGAGAGGAGGAGCAGAGCGCUGGAGAAGAGGAGCGCUGCAAGGAGACGCAGCCCGCCGAGGCCGAGUACUUGAGUGCCAGGUGUGUGGUCUUCACCUAUUUCCGUGGAGACAUUGGGGAUGUGGUGGACGAGCAUUUCUCACGUGCACUGAGUCAGCCCAGCGCCUUCAGCAAUGAUGCCAAGACCGGCAGACUUCACUCUGGAGGACCAUGGAAAGAAGGAAACUCCCACUCUGAGGGUCAUCCGUCGUCCCUGUGGGGUAGUGGCUACCCGUCUCAGACCUCCUCUCACCCGGACUUCCCCCUCGCCGCUGCCUUCCACCCUGCAGACGCUGGCCUCUGGAGCAGCCACAGCCUCGCGCAGACUGGCCUGCACCCUCCCUCUGCUCUCACUGACUCCUGGCACUACGGCCUAGGAGCACAGGGUGGAGCGGGAUACCCUCACGUGCACGAGAUGUACCCUCACAUGCACCCCCGUCACCCACCCCCACACUCCCACGCCCACCACGUGCUCCAUCACGCCCACAGCCCCGCUCUGGACCCGCGCUUCAGCCCGCUUCUGCUGCCCGGUGUGAGAGCGUCUUGCAGCCCCACGUCCUGCACAGACGGAAUCAAAACUGAGCUGGAGCCGAGUAGCAUCCCAGCACCAAGCUGGCCCACUUCUUUCCAUGGGUCAGUGGACAUCUAUCAUGAUACAGCGCUUGAUCAAGACAAAGCGAAGGCCAGUGUUUGGUUCUGAGACAGAGGAGAUUCACUGGACUCCACGCCUGAGACUGGACUUUCUUGGGAACUAUUCAGGGGAACAUCGGUCUCUAUCAGUGAGACGAGCACCAAAACAGCUUUGGGGAAAGCCAUCCUGUCUGAGCUUGUGCCCGCUCAUGGACAGAGAUCAAGUUCUGGACACUUCUGUAAAGAGCUGUGGACCCCAAAUGAAGUUUAAGGGGUGUAUCCCCCUCUUUCUUUACUCAAAAGAGGUUUUCUCGAGACGGUUGAUGCUUUAGAACUGCAUUUAUGUACUUACCACAGGUUCUGUUGAAAGAACUCAUUGUAUUCGUACAGCAGGUAGAAAUGUGUGAGAAGAUCUUGAUUUACUUUAAUAUAUUUGUCUUGUGUUUUCUGUCCGUGACUAUUUUUGAUGUCAAAUCAUCUGCCUUUGAGCAACAAGUCAUUAGUUUUACUGCUAUACAUAAACUGCUAAGUUUUAUUGGCAAACAA